AAGUUGUCCAGAGGCCGCUCCCUCGGAGAGCCACGGAGGCGCCGCAAGACGAGGUGCCGCGUAGAUCAAGGCCUCAUGUCGGUAUGAUGACGCCGGCGGUCGACGCUGUGACGACUGAGCCCGAACCGGCGACUUCGGCUGAACAGGCGGAACAGCAGCCGCAGGAGCAAGGAGGCGAUGGAAGUUACGCCGCGCCGCAUGUGGCGGCCACACAAGGCGGUGAAGCCAAGUGCAACACUUCACUGUGCCGCCACAUGAAGGACUGGUUCGAUGCCACGGUUGGCAGCCAGGCGGACGCAUGCAAAGGAGCGGAACACGUUCGUAUGCCACGCGUCGGUUGCAUUCCCCAGCUUUGACUCCAGCCCAUCCAAGCCUCUGGCGAACAUCGAGCGAAACGGGACAGAUGGCACAACCUUUGGAGAGAAGCACAGAAGCAGUGAAACAGACGGCCUGGAACUCAUGAAGUCAUGUCUCGAAUACGCCUGGAACCCGGCAGACGGCGUGCACGACGUCCUGUCUUUCUUGCAACACUUCAACCUGGACCUGCGCCGCAUGUCCGAGGAUCCCUUAGAGGAUCCACUUCAGCGCAUGAUGCAGCUUUCCUUCGACUACGGCGUCGACGCACCUGUUUCCUUCUCACGGAAGUACGACGUCACUGCAGGAGCACCUGCUCCUUUCACAGUAGAAAUCACUCUGAACCCUGAAGUGAAAGAAUUCGCCAAUGCCCUGCACUCGCUGGAAGAGGACGACGUUGACGACUUCUACCAGUUCCUCCUCGCCCACUACGCUCUCGUGGACGACGCGAACUUGGCGGAGCAGCUUAUGGAUGCGGACCAAAAAAGUGGCGCAGCGGAUGUUUAA